GCGACUUCAGUCUCCAUCUGCUCGUCGUCACCGCUCGGUUCUUCUGUUCGGCUCCAGUCGGUUCUUCUGUUCGGCUCCAGUCGGUUCUUCUGUUCGGCUCCAGUCGGUUCUUCUGUUCGGCUCCAGUCGGUUCUUCUGCUGCAGUCAAGAUGCUUUCUGCUCGCUCGGCUCUGUCCGUCAGGAACGAGAACUCCCUGUGCAGUCAAAUCGACAACAUGGCGCUGGACAAAGAGAACACGCCUCCGAGUCUGAACAAGUCCCGCGUCCUGGCGGCGAAAACCGCGCGAAAAAUCUUCGCUGAUGCGCCCGGAGUCGUGAAGAAGAGCGGCAGCGGCGAGGAGGAGGAGCCUCUGCUAAAGGAAAACCCUCGACGUUUCGUCAUCUUCCCCAUCCAGUACCACGACAUCUGGCAAAUGUACAAGAAGGCUGAGGCCUCGUUCUGGACCGCAGAGGAGGUGGACCUGUCGAAGGACCUGCAGCACUGGGAGGCUCUGAAGGACGAGGAGCGGUACUUCAUCUCUCACGUGUUGGCCUUCUUCGCCGCCAGCGACGGGAUUGUCAACGAGAACCUGGUGGAGCGCUUCACGCAGGAGGUGCAGGUGACGGAGGCCCGGUGUUUCUAUGGUUUCCAGAUCGCCAUGGAGAACAUCCACUCUGAGAUGUACAGUCUCCUCAUCAACACCUACAUCAAGGAGUCCACAGAGAGGGAAUACCUGUUCAAUGCCAUCGAGACUCUACCGUGUGUGAAGAAGAAGGCCGACUGGGCGAUCAACUGGAUCGGCAACAAGAACGCCGCCUUCGGAGAGCGUGUGGUGGCCUUCGCCGCCGUGGAGGGAAUCUUCUUCUCCGGGUCGUUUGCCGCGAUCUUCUGGCUGAAGAAGAGAGGCCUGAUGCCCGGCCUGACCUUCUCCAACGAGCUCAUCAGCAGAGACGAGGGUCUGCACUGUGACUUCGCCUGUCUUAUGUUCAAACACCUGCUGAACAAACCGUCCAGAGAAACUGUCACCAAGAUCAUCAAGAACGCCGUGGCCAUCGAGCAGGAGUUCCUGACCGAGGCUCUGCCCGUGAAGCUGAUAGGGAUGAACUGUGACAUGAUGAAGACGUACAUCGAGUUCGUCGCCGACAGACUGAUGGUGGAGCUCGGCUUCGCCAAGAUCUUCCGGGUGGAGAACCCCUUCGACUUCAUGGAAAACAUUUCUCUGGAGGGAAAGACCAACUUCUUUGAGAAGCGAGUGGGCGAGUACCAGAGGAUGGGCGUGAUGUCUGGGACCACGGACAACACCUUCAGGCUGGACGCCGACUUCUGAGGACGGAGGCGGACCGGACCCCCGGACCCUCCGGUGGGUUUCCACUCCUCUGACUCCCCCUGUGCAUUCUGGGACAGGAAAUUUUGUUAAAUAUUCUGCGUCGCAGUGGAAACGUGAUGAAUCAGAACUUGAUCUUCUGAACAGAUGUUCCUUUUUAUACUGUAAAUAAUUUGUUUUAUCAGCAUUUUGUAAUGAAAUGUAAAACUUUGUAUAAUAGUGUUUUUAUAGCAGCUGUUUGUGAGAUAUGUACAGUUUGAGUUUUUAAUAAAAGUGACGUAAAAAUCCUG